CCGGCCGAAUAUUACCGUGCGCGCGACCGUGACAACGGUGUCGGUGCCGCACUGUUGAAGUGGGUUCACUACCACCACCACUACCGUCGUAGCCGCCGAGCUCCCGAGUGUAUUGCACCGAAGAACAAUUAUUAUUGUUAACACUAUUAUUUUUUUUUUCCUUUUUUUAUUUUAGUUAUUAUUAUUAUUAUUAUUAUUAUUACUAUUCCACCGUCGUCUUGUUCGUGCUGCUCACUGGCCACUGCACGGCCGAAAAUCACACCGCGCAGUGACAACAACGAUAAUAUUUCCGACAAACAUAUUCGGCGGUGUUCUUUUUAACUUUUCUCUUCCGCCUCUCGAAACAAUAAUAAUAUUUAGAGGGAUUUUCUCUUCCGAUCCGUGUGACUUCAAUACUAUCGGUCCCGUGUGAUAAGUCGGAACGCGUGACCCGUCGUCGUCUAUACAUCACCGCAUUUGGUCAGUGGACGACGAGCGCCCAAGCUGAAUCGUCGUCGUCGGACAACAAGUGCUCUUUUCAAAUAAUAAUUCGUCUUCGAAAAUCUACCUUUGAUAAUUUAUUUAUUUCCUAUUUCUGUUUUUUUAUAUUUACUCGCGAUACGUAACUCGCGCUUCAAUACCUGUUUAUAUUACACUUACGUAUACAUUAUCGGAUAUACGUAAGUACUUCGUGUGCCUUUAUGUAUAUCGUACAUAAUAUUAGGAAGUAUACUUUAUGCAAGACCACUGCGACGAUGCGGACGGGAAACGUCGCCGAUGCCGAAACUAUGCCGUUGACCAACAGUAGAACUGCCUAAAUGCGUGUGUUCAGGUACUACGCGACACCCGAACAGCUAUGAGUAUCACGGUCACCACCAUUAAUCCCGUAUCGACAAUUAAAGAGAUGCCUUUGUCUCGGAACCGGCCGCACAUAUUGCUGUCCAACAACAAUGGCACGUCGAGCACGUCCAAUGACUCUUGUAUAUCGCAGUCGGACUGCGGUAGUGAUCACCUGCCGUCAUUACUCAAGUACUCACAAAUUCUCGAGAAGUCUAAUUCCGCCGUUAACAAAUUGGCGAAAAAAUGUUCGAAACCAUCAAACCUCGACAUAAUCGUUGACAAGGCGACGAGCAACAUAGAUUUGUAUGUAGAGAACAAGGAUGCAUUGUACGGCAUCGGAAAAUCGGCCACCUCUUGUCUUCAGCCAAUCAUUAAGCAUGAUGAUUUGAGCGGUUCACCAAAUUCAAAGGUCACAUCGCUGAAUAAACCGAAAAAGAAAGGCUUCACACCCGACUAUGUCUGUAGUAAAUACAGCAGUAGUUUGAGCAAAUUUGAAAAAAUAGAGAUAUUUGGUUUCCCAGAAGUAUAUUUUUUUGGCAUUGAAGCAGACAAGAAGCAACGACCUUUCAACGGAACACAAUCAUUAUUUGACAAUGAUCAAGGUGGAUAUGUAUUUGUUCCUCAUGACCAUGUAGGUUAUCGUUACGAGUUGCUCAAAGUAAUUGGCAAAGGCAGUUUUGGUCAAGUAGUCAAAGCAUAUGACCACAAGCUUAACGAACAUGUCGCACUCAAAAUUGUCAGAAACGAGAAACGGUUUUAUCGGCAAGCCCAAGAAGAAAUCAGAAUAUUAGAACAUUUGCGCAAACAGGAUAUUCACAAUUUAAUGAACAUUAUUCAUAUGUUUGAUAGUUUUACAUUCAGAAAACAUAUGUGCAUUACUUUUGAACUUUUAUCCAUCAAUUUGUAUGAACUAAUCAAGAAAAAUAAAUAUCAAGGGUUCAGUCUUCAAUUAGUACGAAAAUUUAGCCAUUCACUACUUGUAUGUCUUGAUGCUUUAUACCGCAACAAAAUAAUUCACUGUGAUAUGAAACCAGAAAAUGUUCUUUUGAAACAGCAUGGCCGAAGUGGGAUCAAGGUCAUUGAUUUUGGUUCAAGCUGUUUUGAACAUCAGAGGGUAUAUACAUACAUCCAAAGUCGCUUUUAUCGAGCUCCUGAAGUAAUCCUGGGUGCAAAAUAUGGACUUCCAAUUGAUAUGUGGAGUUUAGGUUGCAUUCUUGUAGAACUAUUUACCGGUUUUCCAUUAUUUCCAGGUGAAGAUGAAACUGAUCAAUUGGCUUGUAUUAUUGAACUUUUAGGAAUGCCACCUAAAAAGCUUUUAGAUGCUUCAAAGCGUUCUAAUUACUUCAUAAGCUCUAGAGGGUAUCCAAGGUAUUGCUCCCAGACCACAUUACCUGAUGGCUCAACCAUUCUCAAAGGAAGUAUAUCACGGAAGGGUAAAGCUCGAGGACCACCCGAAUCUAAAGACUUAUCAAAAGCGCUCAAAGGCUGUGAUGAUCCACUGUUCUUAGAUUUUAUUACUCAGUGCUUGGAAUGGGACCCUGAGCGCCGUAUCACACCUGCUAUGGCGCUAAGGCAUAGUUGGUUACGUCGUAGACUUCCUCGCCCUCCAGCUGCUGAACAUCAACAUUAUUCACAAGAAAGUACUCCUACUAGUUUACGGGUAAAAUUAUCUGAAUCAAAUCAUCAUCAAACAUUGCCCAUGCAUUCCAGGAACUCUCAGAUAUCGGGUAAAUUACCCCAGAUCACAUCUACAUGUAUUAUGUAAGAAUUAUCCUCUAAAAAAAACAUAUUGUACUAUGGUUGUAAUUCCUGAAUGAAGAUGAUUAAAUUUAGAUGAGUAGAUAGAUUUAUUGAAGAUCUAAACCUUGUGAAUUAUUUGUUGAAAAAUAGGUAUUUACCGAUUUUAGGAUCUCUAGGUCGGCAUAAUGUUAUGUUUGUCUCAAUUAUAUUUUAAGAUUUUUUUUUAUACUCCAGUAAUUUUGAACUCAGACAAAUAUAUGUAAUUUUAGAGAAAUGUAUAAUUUUUUUUUUGUGUGUGUACAAAUUUGAAAUUUAGCCAAUUAUAUUUUAAGUUCUGUAACUCAUAAUUAUUGUUUGAUACAAAAAUUGACUAUUACAUACUUGAUUGUAUUUAAAUCUUAGAUUAUAUUUAUAAGUUGUAUUAUAAAAAUAUACCCCGUAUAAAAAAAAAAUUAUUUAAAAUGUAAUACAUUUUUAUCUUUUCCAACCAUUCUUUGUUUAUAUAAAAUUUAAAUUGAUAAAACUAUAAUAUAUAUAUAUAUAAAAACAACAUGUGUAUGAAAUGUGAUCCAAAUGUUAAUCAAAUGUCAGAUGUCUAUCAUAUAAAUAUUAAUAAAUAGUUAUAAAAUGUAUUUCCAUUCACAAAAUCUGUACAACUUUUGCAAUAACGUGUGUGUUCAUUUUUUAUUUUAUUUUAUAAAUUUUUAGAAUAUUUUAUUGUAUUAGUUUUAAUUAUUGUUUAUUAGCAGAUUACUUCAAAAAUGAUGUUCAAUUUUGAAUUUUCAUUUAAUUUAUAAUAUCGAAUGAGCUGAAUAAAAUAAUAAAAAAAAUGUACUCAAAUUGACUAUUAAGAUAAGUUUAAAUUAUCAUUUUUAAUUAAUUUAUUUAUAUUAUUAUUGAUGAGUAGUUACUUAUUGAUGUAAUAUCAAAUAUCAUAAAUCAUAAUGUAGUCAUUUUUUAAAUGAUGACAAUGUUUUUACUUAAUCUAUAUAAUAUGUAUUUUAAUCUCUUUUAUAUUACAUGACAUGUGAUAAAAUCUUGAGUCUACUAUUCGAAUUAUUGGAUAACUCAAAGUUGAAGUAGACAAAGAGAAUACAAUUAUUAUUUAUAAUUAUUAUUAUUUCACAUUGGAAACGAAAAUGUCAGAUUUCAAGAAUUUAAUCUUAAUCGGUUUUGAUUAGCGAUUAUAGUUAAGAUAAUACAUAACAUAAUUAAAAUUUAAGUUUAUUAUAGUUAAGGCUACAAUAAUUUUAAUUUUAAUAAGCAACAAUGUAGAAGUUUGUCGUAAGCUUUUUGUUUCCAUUAUUGUAUAUAUAUAUAUUACGUUUCUAACGACUGAUAUUUAUGUAAAUAAAUACAUAGAUAAAAUAUCUUUUAAGUUCAACUGCGGUCUCAACAUUUUAUUUAACAACCAAAAUAAAUAUAAUUACAUUUA